CGGGGCCGGGCGCGGAGCUGGAGCAGAGCGCGGCUGCAGGGUGAGCAGCAAGCAGCGGGGAGACACAGCCCUCAGCCCCAGUCAGCCUCCGCGUGUGUUCCCUCUGUCGGGAGAGCGCCAAUGCCCGGGCCGACCCAAACCUUGUCCCCAAAUGGCGAGAACAACAACGACAUCAUCCAGGAUAACGGGACCAUCAUUCCUUUCCGGAAGCACACAGUGCGCGGGGAGCGGUCCUACAGUUGGGGAAUGGCGGUCAAUGUGUAUUCUACCUCGAUAACCCAGGAGACUAUGAGCAGGCAUGACAUCAUUGCAUGGGUUAAUGACAUCGUGUCUCUAAACUACACGAAAGUGGAACAGCUCUGUUCAGGGGCGGCCUAUUGCCAGUUCAUGGAUAUGCUCUUCCCGGGCUGUAUUAGUUUGAAGAAAGUAAAAUUCCAAGCAAAGUUGGAGCAUGAAUAUAUUCACAAUUUUAAACUUCUGCAAGCAUCAUUUAAACGGAUGAAUGUCGAUAAGGUCAUUCCAGUGGAGAAGCUGGUGAAAGGGCGUUUCCAAGACAACCUGGAUUUUAUUCAGUGGUUUAAGAAAUUCUACGAUGCCAACUAUGAUGGGAAGGAGUAUGAUCCUGUGGAGGCGCGACAGGGGCAAGACGCCAUUCCUCCCCCUGACCCCGGUGAACAGAUCUUCAAUCUGCCCAAGAAGUCUCACCACGCAAACUCCCCCACGGCAGGCGCGGCUAAAUCAAGUCCAGCAUCUAAGCCGGGAUCCACACCUUCGCGUCCCUCGUCUGCCAAAAGGGCUUCAUCCAGUGGCUCAGCCUCCAGAUCAGACAAAGAUUUAGAAACGCAGGUCAUACAGCUCAACGAGCAGGUACAUUCUUUGAAACUGGCCCUAGAAGGUGUGGAAAAGGAGAGGGAUUUCUACUUUGGGAAGUUGAGGGAGAUUGAGCUGCUGUGCCAGGAACAUGGGCAGGAAAACGAUGACCUUGUGCAGCGACUAAUGGAGGUGCUCUACGCGUCUGACGAACAGGAGGGCCAAACAGAGGAGCCAGAGGCAGAGGAGCAAGCCCACGAGCAGCAGCCCCAGCAGCAGGACGAGUACUGAACCGUCGCAGCCGCUCUUGACACUUCCAUCGUGUGUGGGGACUUUUCUUCCAGAGAAUUGGAACGUGUGUGGCCUGGAGCUCAGUAGAAACCAGCUGUUCCCAACCUGUUACCAUCAACAGUGCUAUUGCAUCCGCCAGCCAUUGCACUUGGUUCCCAUUUCCUUCGCCAAGAUGCAUUAGCAGAUGGCCAUUCCGGUCACCUACCUGCCAGAUCCUAGGGUCACAUACCUUUAACUUCACCACCUGGCUGCUUGAGAUUGGUUCUCCCCUUCCCUCAUCUCUUUCCAGAACAGCUCUUUCCCACCCCAUCGCCACCACCAUCACCACCACCACUACCACCCCUUUUUAUCCUGAUGUGAAACAACGGUAAUUUGAUAUAUGGUAUUUAUAUUGGCGGUUUUUUUUUUCAACCCAGUGUCACUAGAUGUCACAUGCAUUUGUGGUGCUUUGAUGUUUGCGAGUCUAACUUCCUAUCAUAAAUCUGGUCAGAUAACUAAUUGGAACAAAGGGAAACAGAAACUUGAUAUGAAAGCCAUAUGACAGUAGCUUGUGUCGUGGGGAAAACAGUUUCUCCCUCUACUCACAACACUAAAGGGAAAAAACAAUGAAUUCAAAACUAGGACUGCAGGGCCCAGCAGUGUUGACAGAGCAGCCUGUUCGAC